GUACUGCCAAAACAAGGUCGAUCUGUCAACUUCAAAGUUCACGAAAUUGGGAAUUUCACGGCAAUUGCGACGAAUUUUCCAAUUAAAAUUGGUUAGUGAAGUUAUUUUAAAAAGAAGUAUAAGGAAACAUAGAAGACGUGCCUUUAUUAUUGAAGUGUGUCAAUUAUCGAAGUCUUGUGUGUAGUUUCGAGUUGCGUGAAGUUAACUGCGCAUUAAUUUUCUUUUGGUUUAUGUCAAAAUAAAGACAUUUUCUUUCAAGAAAGAUAAAUUCCUAGAACUGGGAUGUUCAGAGAAUUUAUAAAAAUCAAUGUAAAUUGCUUUGAAUAUAAAUUGGGUUUGUAGUGUGGAGUUUUGGUAAACGUGAUAAACUGUGAUAAAAACAUAUUAAUAUCAUAAAAAAUGCCUCCUAAACAACGUAAAAUUGCUAUUAUGGGGUACAGGUCUGUUGGCAAAUCUUCAUUGAGUAUACAGUUCGUAGAAGGACAGUUUGUUGAUUCCUAUGAUCCAACAAUAGAAAACAUAUUUACAAAAACAAUAAGAAUUAAUUCUCAAGAUUAUGAAUUGAAAGUAGUUGAUACAGCUGGUCAUGAUGAAUACUCCAUAUUUCCAUCACAAUAUAGCAUAAAUGUGCAUGGUUAUGUCUUGGUAUACAGUAUUACAAGCUUAAAAUCAUUCGAAGUAGUCAAAACAAUACAUGAAAAGUUAUUGGAUAUAACAGGAAAAUCACAUGUACCUGUGGUAUUAGUUGGCAACAAAACUGAUUUGCACAUGGAAAGAACAAUAACAGCAGAUGAGGGAAAACGGUUGGCUGAUGAAUGGAGAGCCAUUUUUUUGGAAACAUCUGCCAAACAAAAUGCUUCUGUUUCGGAUAUUUUCCAAUUGUUGGUGACUGAAAUAGAGAAAGCUGAUGGCAAUAUAAGUGAGAAAUCAAACUGUUCAAUAUCUUAAUUUUCCCAAGCACUUAGUCAAAUUAAUUAUUUAAGUGAAAUUUAACCAUUCUUAUAACACUGGCAAAGUUGAUGUAAUUUUAAAUCUAUAUAUUAUUUUUGUAUUUAUUACAAAAGUGCUGUUGUAUAUGUUUAUACAUGAAAAGUAAACAAUAAGCAAAAUUUGUUGUAAUUUCAAAUCUAUAUAUUUU